AUGGCAUCUACAUCUGUUGUAUCAAUCCCCACACCACCUGGUUCCAUCGACGAACCAACUCACCACCACCGGGAGCGCAUGCCCAGGGCACCAGAACCCCCACUUGACGCACCGACUUCUCCUCUCCCCUCAGACAACCUUGCACCUCUCCCAGAGCCAGUAAGAAUGAUGAAGUCCGGUUCAAGAUCACCCACAGGCCCAUAUUCUCCACGGUACUCACAUCAUGGACAAUAUCCCCCAACACCCCCUCACCAGACAACGCCUCCAAGCACAAAUUCAUAUCCUUCAUAUUACCAGCACCACCAGCAGCUGCCCCAUGUCUCAAAUUACCAGCCUCCUAGACCUAUCCAGAUCCCCCAAGAAUAUCCUCAGAGACGCCAAGAUGACAGAUAUGGUGGUCAAUACCCACCAACAGCCCCAAACUCUGCCCAUCUUCAGCAGCCACAAACCCGUAGACCAUCAUUUGCGCACGGAUACCGCGGCAGCAGUGAGCUUGUCCGUCGGAUAAGUAGCCAGGGAUAUGCAAGCCACGCACCCAGUGAGAUGGGACACCCCCGCCAAGACAUGUACCCAUUUGAGGAUGCCAUUGAUGAUGGUCCGAUCUACGGUGGCCGUCAUUCACCACCUCUAAGUGGUUUCAACUCAGCAGACCCACAUAGCAACCUCGAUGGUAUCAUUCAGAGGGCUCAAGGCGCCGUCUCUUCACUCACCCUUUCCAUUCCCAGCUUGCAACAGCUGUGUGAUCGGUACAAUGCUGUCAAUGAUGAGCUCCAACGCUACUACCAAAUUGCCUCAGAUCAGGACAAAGAUAUCGAAGAGCUACAGGCAAAGGAAAGGCAGCUAGAGGCUCUCAAGGAGAACAUGGAGCAGAACCUUCAAAUGAACACCGCCGAGAUCAAUCGCCUGAAACUUAAAAUUACCGACUUGGAGUCUGAAGUCAAGAGGCUGAAUGCUUCCAUCGAGAGCAAGGACAAGGAGAGAAUCCUGUUCGAGCAGAAGUUCAACCAAGAGAGAGAAGCCCUCGAGCAGGAAUUCCAGAAGUGGAAAGAGGAGACCCUUGCCGCUCACGACAACGAGAAGACUUCAAUGGUUGAGGGCCACGAUGCCGAGAAGAGGACUAUGGAGGAGACCUUUGAGGCGGAAAAGAAGGCUCUCGAGGAGAACCACGGAAGCUUGACAAAGGACCUUGAGGAUUCUCACGCAGACAAAGUCCAGGAGAUCCAAUCACUCCAUGAGUUGAAGGUCAAGGAGCUUGAGGAGCUCCAUGCAGCCAUGGUAAAGGACUUGGAAGAGAACCACGCAGCCAAGGUCAAGGCCGUUGAGGAGGCGUUUGCUAUGGAAAAGAAGGAUAUGCAAGAGGACUUUGCGACUGAAAAGCUCGGAAUAGAGGAUGCGUUCUCCACUGAGAAAAUCGGUAUAGAGGAUGCCUUUUCUAUUGAGAAGAUAAAUAUGGAGGAGGCAUUCGCCAAUGAGAAGGCAGUUAUGGAGGAGGUAUUUGCGACUGAGAAGGCUAGCAUGGAGGAUACCUUUGCUACCGAGAAGGCCACUAUGGAGGACUCAUUCGCUGCCGAGAAAUCCGGAAUGCAAGACGAGUGGGCCACCGAGAAGACGGGCAUGCAAGAAUCAUUCGCCUCAGAAAAAACCGACAUGGAAGACGCCUUUUCGGCAGAGAAGCAGCGGAUCGAGGCUGAAUUCGAGGCCGAGAAGAACAAGAUCACUGAGGACUUUGCAUCACAGAAGCAAUCCAUCGAGGAGGACUUUGCAUCGCAAAAGAAGGCCGCCGAGGAGGAAUUCGCUACCCAGAAAGCCCAACUCCACGGGGACUUCGAAGGCGAAAAGACUGCCAUGAUUAGCACUUUCGAGGCCGCAAAGAUGGAAUGGGGUGAGGAGAAGGAGAAGAUCAUCUCUGACUUCAAAGACGAGAAGACCAAAUUGGACGAGAUCAUCAAGAACCUCGAAGACGACAAGCAGAUGCUUGAGGGCUGUAAGCUCGAGCUUGAGGCCGAUAAGGCUGGCCUUGAAGGAGAGAAGGCUAUCCUACUCAAUGAAAAGUCAACUCUUCUCGGUGAGAAGGCCGCGCUCCAGGACGAGAAGACCGGGCUCGAAGGGGCUGUUGCCAGUCUCGAGGAUAAGACCGCAACUCUUGAGGGCGACAAAGAAGUUCUGAUCUCCGAGAAGGAAAGGGCAAGGCUCGAAUGGGAAAGCGAGAAGGCCAAGCUUAAGGAAAUGAUCGAGCAGCUCGAGAGUGUCAAGAACAAUCUCUUGAACGACAAUACAAAACUUGUCGAGACACUCAAGGGAAAGCUCGCCAGAGAUAUUAUUGACAUCUCCGGGGAGUUCUCCAACUUGCCCAUCUCACCUCCCAGCAAGGUGCUCGCCGAGCUUCCUUCCGGACUUCCCUCAAUGCUCGGAAACAGCGAUGCUUCCCGUCUAAUCCGCAUGGCAUAUGUUCAACACAUCAUCUCCAAGUACCUUUGCCACCGUAUCUUCCAGCCAUUCCUUUUCUCCCUUGGAAAGCGCUACGACAAAGCCGACACCUUCUUCCAAUCCAUGUCCAACCAGCUUCGUGAGAAGUCCACGCGCAAGGAGGCCGUCUGGCGUCACUACACUCUCUUAGCCGGCUACACCGCCUCCAACGCCAAGAAGAACGCCGGUGUCGCUGCAACAAGCGUAAUCGAGGAGAUCGCGGGUUAUGUCAAACCUUUCGCGGACCAGAAGAAUAUGGACGUCAUCACUUCGGGAAUCACCCGCAUUGUCAAGUUCGCCGUUGAGACUUGGAGAUACGCCCGUAUGGAGCGUGAGAUCAUCACUGCAUCGAUGAGCACCGAUGACACGGACUGCAGCUCAUGGGAGCCCCACAAUUACGGAAGACAGAGCCCAUACUUUGAGAAUGUCAUGCUCGCAUCCCAGCUCAAGUCUGCCGCGCAGGGACGUGUUAUGGUCCUUCCGCUCCUGCCCGUGUUUUCUCGUGAGGGUACACUACCCACUCUUCACCGCCCGCUUGCAGUACUCGAUAGUGGACUCGUCUUCUCAAAGGGGACUGCUCUCUACACCGACUGUCUUCCCGUGCUUCACCGAAGAUGGGAGCUUAACCUGAUGCAAUUGCCAAUUCCCAUGAUGCUCAAGGACCACUUGGCCCAGUUGGAAGAGAGCCGCGUUGUUGAGGAGGUGGUGGAAGAGGAGGUCAAGGCUGUCGAGACUGUGGAGGUUGAGGAGAUCCACGCUGCUAAGGAGGAGGUCCCGGAGCCCGUCCAGAUGGAGGAAGUGGCUGAGAAGGCGAUUGAAGAAGAGUUGAAGGAGGCAGAGGUGACUGUUGAGGUUACCGAGUCUACUGAUCUCGAGGCAUUGGCCGAAGUCGAAGCCGCUCCAAUUGAGGUUGUUGAGGCUGAAGUCGAAGCCGCUCCAAUUGAGGUUGUUGAGGCUGAAGUUGAGUGCCCUCUCGUUGAGAUCGUCGCUGAGGAGGUUGUCUCUGAGGUUAUCGCCGAAGAGGUCGUCCCUGAGGUUGUUGAGGUUGCGCAAGAGGAGAUCGUUGUUGAGGCAGUUGAGGCAGUUGAGGCAGUUGAGGCAGUUGAGGCAGUUGAGGCAGUUGAGGCAGUUGAGGCAGUUGAGGCAGUUGAGGCAGUUGAGGCAGUUGAGGCUGUUGAGGCUGUUGAGGCUGUUGAGGCUGUUGAGGCUAUUGAGACUGUUGAGUCAGUUGAGGUAGUUGAGGUGGUCGAGGCAGUCGAGGCAGUCGAGGUAGCUGAGGAAGUUGAGGAGCACAAAGUCUGUGAAGACGAGGUUGCUGUGCAUGAAGUUGAAGCCACUGAGGCUGAGGUCAUGAUCGAGGAAAUGUUGAACUCCGAGCAUGUCUUGACUGAGGAGGCCAUUGUUGAGGAGAUCCCGACAGAAGAGGUUGCGGAGAUCAUUGCACCAGUCGAUGCCGCCAUUGAGAUCGAAGAGGAGACCAAGCUUGACGUCGUCGUUGCCGAAGAGGAAGAAAUCCCAAUGACCCACGAGUCAGAAGAGACAAUGGUUGAGUCUGUCAUCGGGGGUGUUGACAUUGAGAAGGAGGCGGAGCACAUUGUUGAGGAACACAUCUUCGAGGAACACAUCGUCGAGGAGCACAUGGCCGCCCUAGCAGAAGAGCACAUCGUUGAGGAAGCCACCGAAGAGACCAUCCACGAACAUGUCGAAGCCCACUUCGAGGAACCUCUCCCAGAGCACAAGGUUGUCGACGAGGUCGUUGAGGAGAUCACCCCCGAGAUUGACGCUGUCGCCGAAGUCGUCGAGCCCGAACACUCUGACAUCAUCAUCGAAGAGGAGGCUUUCGUCGAGAUCAAGAAGUCCAAGAAGAGCAAGCUCCCCAAGAAGUCUGGUGCCAGGAAGUCAAAGAAAUAG